AGUGAUUAACACCGAAGGUCCAUUCCAUUUCACCAUGCUCUUCUUAAGCCGCUCGUAGCUCCACACUAGCCGAGCUACAGAGCUAGUCACACGCGAUCACGCACGCAGGCUUAGCUAGUUCUGGGCCGCCGCCGAGGGGGCCGGGCAUGAAAGCGACGACACGGCGCGGCGGGGCCGGGGGCCUACCGGCAGCCAAGAAGAAGAAGAAGAAGAAGCCAGCGCGCGGGUUCAUGUGCGGCUGCGGCGGUGCCAAGUCCGUCUCCACCGUCUCCCGCGCCGCCGUCAGCAUUUCCGCUGUCACGACGACGCCGAUGAAAGCCACCUCAACGGCAGCGUCCGCGGCGAAGCCAGCGUCGUCGUCCGCAGCCAAGACGGCGGCGGGCUGCCACGACGCCGCCGACGCGGACGCGAGCGCUGAGGGCUCGCCCAGCGUGGACUCGCUUCUGCGGCAGCUGCGCGAGCUGGAGCGCGGCGUGCGCGCGCUGGGCGUCCGGGAGCGGGAGGGCGGCGGCGGCGGCAGCGCGCCAAGAGCGACAAGGCCGCGGCGGCACGGGCGGAGCGCGAGCGACUGGGGCGGCAUCGGGCGGCUGGAGUCCGAGAGCGUGGCGGUGGUGACGGAGUCGGAGGACCCGCUGGGCGACUUCCGGCGGUCGAUGGUGCAGAUGAUCGUGGAGAACGGGAUCACCGGCGGCGCCGAGCUGCGGGAGCUGCUGCAGCGGUUCCUGUCGCUGAACGCGGCGUGCCACCACCACCUCAUCCUCCGCGCCUUCGCCGACGUCUGGGAGGAGCUCUUCGCCGGCGGCGGCCACGCGCCGCCACCUCUCCCCGCCGCGGAGAAGAUCUCGUCGUCGUACAGCAGUAGAGCUAGCAACAAACGUCCACAUGCACGGCCGGCGCUGACACGUUAACCCGCAGCCGCCGCCCUGUAAGCAAGUUUCCGUCACCUCGGGAAUUGUUGCUGUCCGAACUACACACAGCGUACUGCGUGUACAAUACAUGGCUUGCACGCCUUACUUUCUGUGCCGUGACCAGAAAUCUGUGCUCCAUUCCCGUGAGUUUCUUUGCGUCU